AUGCGACAAACGGUAAUUCUAGCCACUAAACUAUCACGGAUGUUUUCUUUGAAGGUUCAAUUAACGCCAGAAAUAUCUAUUCACACAUAUUUAACUAUCAAAGUACGACUGCACUGUCUUUACCACCAUCUACUACUUUGGUUUAUUUUCGCAUCAUUAUCAGCCAUUUUUCACCCUCAAUUCGUGGACAGUGCACCAGUUUCUUCUCGUGGCCACCAUGCUCGCACAGAUAGGUAA